UUUAUGUGAGUAUGUGUAAUUUUUUUAGCCCUGGUUUUUUUACCUGUCUUUGAAGUUAAUAUCUUUUGGCAUGAGCCUGAUAAAUCCCGUCCCCACUGCCAAGGGGCCUGGAUCCAAAAUAUAAUAAUUAUAUUUUACCCAGGCGCCUUGGCAGUGGGACAGGUGAUUUAUUGAUUUAAGACACUAUUAGGUACAAGUUAAGGUAGAGUAACCUUCCCUACCCUAUUCUAUGGUUAUACAAGGCACGUAGUCACUAAGCAGGUUUAUGGAUAAACUCAGAACUAAUAUUAAUUUAAAUAUGGGCACGGAGCAGUUUUGGUCACUUUUAAACUAAACAAAAGGUGAACAAAAAGUGCAUUAACAUGUGUUGACUUUUAAUUUUUAGUCAUUUUGUUACUGUAAAUAAAUAAACAUAUUUUAGUGGUAGCAAGUCCAUCAAGCGGUUCUUCACCUACCACAUUCAAAAAGCAAUGUGCCACCCCAUAACUGCAGCACCCAUGCACCAUCAUUUUUCUCCAUUAAGGCUGAAGUUUCUUAAAGGAUAAAUAAAAGAUGAAUAAAAAAAAUGCACUUUAUUUGAGUGUCAAUGUAUUGAGCAUCAAAGUGCUAAUUGGGGACAUUAUAUUUUACGUCUCCUAAUGGAGACGGGACCACCAUUUUACGUGGUCAUCCGAGCCACGUGAAGGUCCAGCCGCCUGCAGUGCAAAGGGAGUACCUUCAUUUCUCAGUUAUUUUAAGACCCUGAGUAUUUGUCCGGCCCCAGGAAUCGAACCCGCGACCUAACAUAACAUACAUGUUUAUUCAAACUCAUAAUAACUACAUGAAUUUGAAAGGGAGAGUCUAGAGGUUAACCCUAUGAAUAAAACUCUCCUAAAAACAACAAACAAACAAUAAAAAUUACAACUUUAAAAAGGAUUUGAGUUUACAUUUAAAAAGUUCAAGGGUACCGGCUUUAACAACAUUACUAGGUAAAUUGUUCCAAUAACUAAUUACAUUGUUAAAAAAAGAAUAUUUAAAACAGUUGAUUCUAGAUAAUUUACAAUAAAGCUUAUACGAGUGAUUUGCCCUAGUGGAUUUGACUUUUGCGAAUUGAAAGAAUUCCUCAAAAUCCAAGUGUGAUAAGCCAAAUCUUAUAACAUUCAACAAGAGAGGAAUAUGUCCUACGACUGGACAAAGAUGGCCAAUGUAACAAGUCACAACACUCUUCAUAAGACAUAUCACCUCUUUUUUGCCUAAGAGCUAAUCUUGACGGACGUCUUUGCACGCUCUCUAUUGCAUGAAUAUCUUUGACAAGAUAUGGGUUCCAGACUGGAGCAGCAUACUCUAAAAGUGGUCUGACCAAUGUUUUGUAAAGCAAUGAAAAAGUUGUUGUAUUAGCUGUUCCAACCGACCGUCUUAUUAGCCCUAGGACUUGGUUCGCCUUAUUCACCAUAGUACUUAUAUAUUCACUCCAAGUAAGAUCUUCUGAUAUAAUAAUUCCAAGAUCUUUAAAGCUCUUGACAUCUUUUAAGGCCGUACCUAGUUUAUAAUUCGUAGUCGAUUUGUCACGAGAAUGCGUUAUUCGCAUUGCUUCACACUUUUCCUCAUUGAAACGAAGUUGCCAUUUUUUCGCCCAUUUACCAAGAUUAUUCAAAUCAGUUUGAAGGUAUUGUUCAUCGAGACUAGGGUUGCGAAGCUCUCUGUAAAUCUUUGUGUCAUCCGCAAAUAAUUUAAUUUUUGAAGAGACACUAUCAACGAUAUCAUUACCUCCCGCUCUGCAGUCAAGCGCUCUACCGACUGAGCUAAUCCUGCCGUGGUACUGAGCUAAUCCUGCUGCGGUGUAAAAUUAAUAGUAAUAGUCAUCUUCUAAGUUAUUGUCAGUUUGGGUUUCACCUUGUAAAUAUCUAUGUUAGGCAGAAAAAGGAGAAACAGGGAAACCAGGAAGAGAUGGAAGUGCAGGUGUUAAGGUAUUAUAAAUAUGUACUGCUUUUCAAAUGGAGGUUUUAGUUUCUGGAUCCAUACAUGUGUAUCUCUCCAUAAAACAUCAGUGAUCAUAUGGAGUGUAGUAAUGUCUUUUGUGUGUUUAAAUUUCGGUUGGACUUAGCAAAAUGAUCAAAAUUAUAAUCAGACCAGUUAGCUUUAUGUUGAUCACACCACAGUAUAGAUUGUCUGUAUUUGUUAUUUACCAUCUUCAUCAUCAUCAUUGUCACUCCUUUCUCACAGUUAGCUUUAAUUACUUAUUGUUAUUGUUAUUAUUAUUAUUAUUAUUAUUAUUAUUAUUAUGUUUUUCUUCUUUCACAGUUCGUACUGUCCAGGGCUCCGACAAGCGCCCAGUCUCCUUGGGAGCAGCUGAGGGGAGUCUUUAUUUAAUUGGUAGACAGCACUUUUUGCAAAAUAUGGGCUGUGCCUAGAAGACUCAUCUUUGGGAGUUCUUCGAUAUUGAUGUUCCUAGUGAUUUUUUCCACGUAUUUUCCGAGGCCCGUUUUUAGUAGGCCAAGAGCUCCAAUAACUACAGACACAGUUUCUGUUUUAAGGCUCAUCCUUGAGACUUCGAUCUCUAAGUCGUUAUACUUUGAAAGCUUUUCAAUCAUGUUGACAGAUGAUGAUGAUGACGAUGAUUAUUAUUAUUAUGUCUUGUUUAGCAGUUCUUACUGCUCAGAACUCCAAGGAGCUACCAGUUUCUUUGGGAGUGGCUGAGGGAGGGGGGAGUCGUUAUUAUCUAGUUGGUGAAGAGCGCUUUUUGUAAAAUGUGGCUGAUCUUGUGGAGGUCCUCAACAUUGAUGUUUCAGGAUUCUUUUGACGUAUUUUCCCAGGCCCUUUGUAAGCAGGCCAAGUGCUCCUUAUUAUUUCUGUUGUAGGGGUGAAAGGAGAACCAGGAAUGGAUAAAAACAGUAAUGGUGGUGUUAAAGUAAGUGUAAGUUUCAUGACCUUUUUUUGUCUGUAAGAAAGAACACUUUAACAACCUUAAUCAGUUCUCCAACGUGGAUUUACCUUCAAUAAAAUAUUUCUGUUUUUUUUUUUUCUGCCAACUAAUUUUCAGUGUGCAAGACAAAAACGAAGGCACAUGCUUUAUCCAACACAGCCACACACACACCACUCAUUCAAUUUUCAUGUCCCUCACGCUUCUAAAUGUUACAUUCGGCCUGUUAGUUAGUAUGUCCGAGCUGGCGCUCGACUAAACUAACUAAACAGAUCGAAUUUUAUUUCUUUACGGAUUCGUUUCUGGUAUAAAACAAGCACCGUAUGUAACUUUAAGUUUUCUUCUUGUAUCGCUACAGUAAAAGAUAAAGGGGUGAUCAGGUUUUGAAAUUCCCGAGCUCUUUGGCUAUCUAGCAGAAUAUUAAUAUAUGUUCAUUAUAAUUAUAAAUACUUUGUUUGAUAAGGGUGAAAAGGGAUCUCGUGGUGACAAAGGAUCCCAAGGAGAGAAGGGAUCACAAGGACAAAAAGGAAUUUCGGGAACGUGUGAUACAAAGGUAAUUAUUACCUCACAGCUCCCAGAUUUUCACUCUUUAGUGAUAAUUAUCCUUAUUACAAUAAGCCAUAUUAAUUUAAUUACCAUAAACUGCAUGCACGAUCUCUUCCUUUCGGGCCUGUUGUCUUUAAAAGGGAGAAGUGUACGUGAAUAAGCGGUAAAGUUGUGACACGUGACGGUGAGUAUCUAGGUUUUUAAAAAUCAAAUAAAAAUUAGCUUGCAUGUCCUACUAGUCUAAGGAAAGAGGAACAAAAUACAUGUAAUGCCCGCAGUCUGCCAUAUAUGAUGUUAACGUAAGAUUAGCUCAAUGUCAUCUUGAAAGCAGGAUCCUUUUUACAUCACUUGGUGUCUGAUCAAGGGAGUUUUUCGUCAGAAAAAGUUAUCUGUACAGGUGUUCAACUCUGUUUGCAUAUAUAACUACAAUCAUGUACAAAAGUCUUGGGACACAUUUGCAUUUGUGCGGCUUUUUUUCAAUUCACACAUGCCCAACCCCUACCCCCACCCCACAAACAACGUUGGACGCGUGUCGGCGUGUAUCCAGAAAUUUUCCGAGUUUCAGUAUUGUAUAGGGUGGGGGGAGGGAGAACUGCAAAAAAAAAUCGAAAAGGAUGCUUAACGUUUAUUUUAUAAGGGCUUCCAGAAAUUACAAAAAAAUAAGAAUACUUCAUCACUGCACUAGGACUUUUCUCCAGGAGUGUAUAUUAGGAGAUUGUUAGCUUUGUUCUUUUACUGUAUUUUGUUCUUACGAGUUAUUUUGCGUUUUAGGGCAAAUCAGGGUGCUGUUUAACCGGUAAGGGCAUUAUUUACUACUGUUGCCUACGAUGUACAUUUACAUUGAUUCACUGGAAAGAAGAGUUUCCGAAUUUUAAGUUCAUGAUAUCGUGGCCCAUCUUUGGUCAUUGAAAAACCACAACGCAUGAGUAAAUUCUUUUGUCGAUUAAUUCUAACUAGUUUUUUUCUUGACAUUAGCUGUUAACAAAGAUGUUCAUCCUUUUUUUUCUUGUGGAAGAUUGCUCUAUUGGACUCCACUUCUUUGAAAAAGUUCAAGACCUACCAACCCGAGGAGCUGUAGGUGUGGAACAUUUCACCAUUGAUGGAAAUUUGUUUCUUGCUUUUGCCAAUUAUCAUGGGGACAUUAGGAAAUGGAAGACAAGUUCCAUGAUCUACAAGAUGGACAACUCAACUGGAAGACUGUCUUUGUACCAGAACCUGCAAACAAGAGGAGCGUAUGGCCUGGAGUACUUUUCUAUCGCUAACAAACAUUUUCUUGCUGUCCCUACCCAUUACGAUGGAACAUACCGGGUGGAUUCCACAGUCUAUCAAUGGAAUGGAAAGUUGUUUGUCGACUUUCAGAAAUUAUCAACAUACGGAGCAAGCCACUUCACCUAUUUCAAGGUAAAUGGGGAUAGUUAUCUCGCAGUAGCAAACUACAAUGACGGAAGUACCCAUUCUAUAAAGUCAGUUAUCUACAAAUGGAGCAGCGGCAAGUUUAACAGAUUUCAAGACAUAUCAACUGAAGGUGCCGUGAGAUGUACGGCGUUUGUGAUAAACAGAGAAACAUUCAUCGCAUUUGCAAAUCAUUACUACUCCCAACACAAGCGUGCUGUUCAGUCCACUGUGUUCAAGUGGUCAGUAGGUCACUUUGUAAAACUGCAGUCUCUUCAGACUUACGCAGCGCACGAUGUGAAGCCUUUCAACGUCAACGGUCACACGUUUCUCGCUUUUGCCAACUACUACUCUGGAAUUCGAAGUAAACACAACAUCGAUUCUUUCAUUUACAAGUGGAAUGGUAACAAGUUCGUCCUGUUCCAGUCCAUUCCUACUCGAGGAGCCAUCGCAUGGUAUCCAUUUGUAAUCAGCGGUCAAACCUACCUUGGUGUGGCUAAUCACCAUGGUGACAGUCAGAAGUUCAACACCAAGUCAGUUGUGUACCAGGCCUCUGGAGCGCAGUUCAUCAAGUACCAAGAGAUUCCAACCCACGGGGCUUUUGGUAUGACGUCAUUUGAGUACAAAGGGCAUACUUACCUUGCAGUAGCAAACUACAAAAAUGGCCAAAAGCACAACAUAAACAGCGCCCUGUACAAGUGGGUAUAGAGCAGGAGGCCAUAAGGUCAGGUCCAAGCAUAAAAGAUGUUUUGUGUAGUGAAGAACUAAAACAUUUCAAUUGCUAAUCUUAGUAAUAACGGGAACUUUAUAAACGUAAUACUGUCUAUCCGUUAAGAAGGGGUUUUUAUAGGAAGGGACUGAUACAAUAACGUCACUAUUUUGGUUGAGAUAGUGAAAUGUUAGAAAACAAAAUGUGCUUUAUUAUCGCGGCGAUUAGUUGCAAUAAAGAUGUGCUUGGAACACUAGGAGGUUGUGUACUAUUAUUUGAACGAAAAUUCUACAAAAAUGAAUCUGUGGCAUAGCUUGUAUUUCUGUCCAUCUCAACGUAAUGUAUUAUAAUGAGCACAGCUUGAGCAAUCAGCAAAAGGAAAGGAAAGUUAAAGAAUGUAUAGGCUUUGAACGGUGAUUUCUUAUGCAAGUAACGCGAGUUUUUAUUGGCCGAUCGAUGAACGUAGCAAUGUCGACUAAAGGAUUCAGAAAUGGCGUUAUUUUAAUAACUGUCGUUUUACACAUUGCCAAUUAGAUACAAGAAGUAUUCGAGCGCUCAGAUUUUCAAAACCAGCUCAGCUUUUUUAGAAUAUAGGCGUUUUGAGGCUAGACAAGCCGUUGUCUGCUCAUUAUCUGCCUGUAAAGAGCCAAAACUGCCAGGAACGUCGUCUACAGGUCGAGCACUUUACACCGUCUAUUCUAU